AUGUCGAACCAGGUUACUCCAGAAGGUACACUCUCCCUCUGCCGCAAAGAUUUCCAUACCAGCAAAGACUUUCACUCACCCAUUCUAUGGGCGCAGCGCUCAUCCGCCACUGAGCCAGAAAAGAACUACAUCUACCUGACGAUCAGCGUGCCUGAUGUCCCGCCCAAGUCUCUUAAACUCGACCUCAAACCCACCGGGCUCACCUUCACGGGCACAUCAGAGACCAAGAAGACUACAUACCAUCUUGAGAUGGAGUUUUUCUCUGAGAUCGACGUCGAGAACUCGAAGACGCAUCACACUGCGGCCAACAUCCAGAUGAUUCUCAGGAAGAAAGAACUCAAGGAGGAGUAUUGGCCACGCCUACUCAAGGACCCCGCAAAAGUACACUAUCUGCGCACAGACUUUGACAAGUGGGUCGAUGAGGAUGAGCAGAACGAAGCGCCGGAGGACGACUACAUGAACCAAUUUGGCGGUGGACUCGGAGAGGACGGCGGCUUUGGUGGUAUCGAUUUCUCCAAGCUCGGCGGCGGUGCUGGCUUGGGAGGCGAAGGCGAGGGAGCCGGAGCCGAGGGCGGCGAAGACAAUGACGAAGAGGAUGAUGACGACGACGACAUGCCGGACCUUGAAGAUGAUGAAGCCGAAGGUGACGCUAAAGGCAAGGGCAAAGGCAAGGAGGCGGCAUGA